AUGCCACAGAAGAGACAAAAGGAACCAAAUCGAUUUAUACCAAAUGGUUUUAACUUUCAGAUUCCAAAUAAUCAACCACAACGAAUUUUUCAAAUCCCACCACAGCAUCAACAGCCGCAACAACGACCACCACCACAGCAACAACGACCACCACCACAGCAUCAACAACCACCACCACAACGGAGAAGAACAUUCACCCCUGAAGAAAGAAAUUUCAAUAAUUUGAUGCGUCAACAAAAUCAAGGUUUGAGAUUUUAUCCGGGUAGUAAUGGUAUACAUAUAAGGCAUCCAAAUUUAGAUAGAAGAUAUACCGCUGAGAUUCAUAUUUUACCUAAUAAUACGGUUAAUUUUGCUGGAUUUUAUGAUCAUCAUCAGGAAAUCUGGACUCCACCAUUUGAUACCGUUUUAGAAGGAGGAACCGUUAAUGAUGCAAUUCAAUAUGUAAAUAAUGGUUUUGAUACUAUGAUUCAAAGAGGUGGGCACCCUUAA